ACUAGUUGGCAAGGGAAAAGUGCACAACACUUUGGGAGAUUUACUUCACCAUAGACCGCUCCCGGAUGGACACCUGAAAGUAUCGGUGGAUGUUGUAGUAGAUCAUGAUGCGAUGCUACCGGUACCUGACAUGGUCUCAGAGACAACAUUGCUGCGAGAUGCAAUAGGAUCAUUUGUUGCAUGGCCCUCGGAGCUCAUUACCAUUAGUGAUGAGACUGCUCCUAUAAAACCCGCAAUUAAGGGUAAAGGGAUUUUACAGGAGGAGGAGUCCGUUGCAUCACUAAAAGAGGCAUCCGCUCGGGAGUCACAACAAGUGACGCAGCAAGUUCGUACCGUACCACCCACUGGUCCUCCGAAGCCAGCGGGAAAAAAAGGCGGUGCUUUUGUGCCUCGAUACCGGUCGACGCUCGCAACAAUGGUUGAUAUGUCCGAUAUGAAGGAUGGUGCUUUACGUGAAAUCGAUAUGGAUGAAAGUGUCUUCGGUAUUGAAUUCAAGUCACUUAUUACAAUUGAUGACUUGGAGGAGAUUUUUAGGCAUGAUCAACUAGGCGUCACUAACAUGCACUCAUACAUCCGGUUGUUGUAUGACAGAGUGUUGCGCGGGAAUCCAUUGUCUAACAGAUUCCGUUUCGUGUCUUCCGCCCAUUGCAGCGGAAUGGCAAUUGCUUCAGAACCGGAAUCAGUUAGACAGCGCUUAGUCGAUAGAUUCAUGUCCACCGGCAAUACAGAAAGUCUGCAUCUUUGGGCGUAUAAUACCCGACCAGUAGGAGCACACUGGUUGCUGCUUGCUAUCAACCCUAUAAGGGAAGUCGUGUAUUAUCUGAAUUCGGUAAAUGGUGAAUGGACCAAUUAUCCGGCUAUGAAGGACAUCGUUGAUUUGUAAGUGGGAUCGUUCUAAAUAUAUAUUCGUGUAUAUUUAUAUAUUUACUUA